UACUAUGCAAAGCUGUACAUACAUUGCGGGACGGCACAGCAAGCUCCAACAAUUUUGCAUGUGACGCUCUGACACCUGCGGUGGAGCAAGCUUCCCUCGAUCCUCGCCUCGCACCCCCAAUCGGCUCGCUCCGAGAAGAUUGUUACGGUCCUUUUGUACGAUAUAGGAAUGUUUUCCUUUUGCAAGUUGUUUUCGGCUUGAUUGAUAUUUACACAAAUUCACCCAAACAACGUCCGGCAUACGAACAGCGCGCCAAUGGUCACCAGAUAAGAGCCAACCAGUGGAAUACAGCAAGCCCGCCAAGAUGCCUGUCCCCUUUCUGGGGCGCCUUAACCCCACCGAAUAUGCCGCCCUUGUUGGAUCCUUUUUGCUUGUAGGGCUCGAGGCCUUUAUUCGAAUAUUUACGCUUGCUUUGCCGCCGUCGUUACUACAGCUAUGUUACGGGAUCUCGAGACGUCUGUUUAAUAGGUGGACUAGUCCAGCGCAGAAGCGGGCAGAGCAGAGGAGAAAAUCGGUCUCGGCCUCGAUUCGCGAUGCCUCCGAUUUCGUCGAUUUAUGUGCCAUGUUUGGCUACACCGCCGAGGAACACGUGGUACGAACCGAGGAUGGGUAUUUGCUGGGAAUACACAGACUUGCAUGGCGGAAGGGGGAGGAGGAACGGAGGGUGAAUCGCGGGCCGACCAGCGUCAAGAAGAAGGUGGUUUACCUGCACCAUGGGCUGCUAAUGAACAGCGAGGUGUGGGUUUGCUUGACGGAUGAGCAGCGCGCUUUGCCCUUUGCGUUGGUGGAGAAGGGUUUUGACGUUUGGCUCGGAAACAACAGGGGCAACAAGUACUCGAAAAAGUCGAUCCGAUAUUCCCCCACGACGACCGAGUUUUGGAACUUUUCCAUUGACCAAUUUGCCCUCCACGAUAUUCCUAAUAGCAUCAGCUACAUUCUCGAGAUCACCGGCCAGCCGUCCCUCUCCUACAUCGGCUUCUCCCAAGGCACCGCGCAGGCUUUUGCCAGCUUGUCCAUCCACCCCAAGCUCAACGAGCAGGUCAAUGUCUUUAUCGCUCUGGCGCCAGCCAUGUCGCCAGCGGGCUUGUCUAACGGCAUAGUUGACGCUCUGGUCAAGGCCUCGCCACAGGUGCUGUUCCUCCUUUUCGGCCGGCGGUCCAUACUCAGCUCGGCCACCAUGUGGCAGUCAAUCCUCUAUCCACCACUGUUCACCAAGCUCAUCGAUCUAGGUCUCUCGUUUCUCUUCAACUGGCAAACCAAAAACAUCAGCACUUCGCAGAAACUGGCCGCUUACCCUCAUCUCUACUCGUUCACCUCAACAAAAUCAGUGGUACACUGGUUCCAGAUCAUACGAACCAAGUCCUUCCAGAUGUAUGAUGACGAUGUCCACCGGCCCCUGAUCUCAGCCACCAGCAACAAGUACACCAAAGUCGCUAGGUACCCGACAAGGAACAUCAAGACGCCGAUCGUGCUCGUAUACGGAGGUAGUGACUCGUUGGUCGAUAUCAAGGCCAUGCUGAAGGAGCUUCCUAGUCAAACGCUAGCCAACGAGAUCCCACACUACGAGCACCUGGACUUUUUGUGGGCGAGGGACGUGGACAAGUUGGUUUUCCAGCAUGUCUUUGAUGCGCUGGAGAGUUUCACUGGGGCGGAGCAUACGAGGGAGGAGUAUGAGCGGUAUAGAACUGUCAGAAAACAGCACACAGACUUGGUCAAGAUGGAGAGUGGGCUGAGAAGGGAAAGCCACCUGGCUAGGGGAAGUGAUGUGGCUGAUAGUGAUGUCAGCACAGCGGUUGGGGAAGAAACAGUGAGGGUCGUGGAGUUGAAUGGGAGUUCAAAUGAGGACGCGGCCGGGACUGGGGAGGAGAUGGAGGAGGCGCAAAGUGAAUGGGGGGUGUCACCUACAAAGAGGCUAGAAAGCCCGUUGAAGUUUGAGUCGAAGGGCCUGCCACAGUUUCAGGACCGUGAGAGGCCAUGGUCGAGGGAGAGCCACAUCCCUUCGCCGACAACACAGCAGCAGCUACAGCUCCAACCCACCGUCCUGCCACCUAGGACAAGUAGGAUUGCCAGGCCGAGGGCUAGCAAGGGGAACCUAGCUGCCGAGAUAGCUGCUUCCGGUGGUGAGGACUACCCAAACUCCCCGCACACGCCCGUGUCCAAAGCGGAGAUGACGGACGGGUUCGCAGACAGUCCAGCUGGCGACACUGGCCCUCACGCCGCCACGACAGGGAUGACGGGGAUGAUGAACAUGAUGACUACUCCUAAGAGGAGGGGGACGGGAGGGAGUCAUAUGAGUUUUGACUCUAUGAGGGGAGGGAGGGGAAUUAGUCUGGGUGCCAGUAAGUUCUCCGACGCUGUUGCUGUUCUUGAUGGGGAAGGAGGGGCAGAAGAGCACUGACGAGGAAUGUUGCAAAGGUAAGGCCGUCGGGGGGGUCACGACGAGCGCGAAUGAUAUUGCUGGGUUGACUGCUAGCAGUCCGGGAGGUGGAGCGGGAAGUUCGGAUGAGGGUGGCGGGAGCGGGUCGGUGCAUUCGAGGAAGGGGUCGGCUGCAAGCGUUGGGUUGAAGAAGUGAGAGAGGUUGAUUAGGAUGAUGCAUUUUGGCGUUUGAUCAUGAGCUUUUUCAUUCAUUCAAGAUCGGUUUUUCUUUGGGUUCUAGAUUGGGAAAAGAACAGUCAGGGGGGUGACAAAUAACACUAUGGGAAAGGCCUUUGACCGAGAUUAACAGAACGUUAUCUGGUCGCUGGGCAUUGUGGCCUGGAACUGCUGGUUGCGAGG